AUGUAUCGCGCGGGUGAGCACACGCUGAUGAAGCUGAAUCACGUUAUAAUUCGCUCGAUCUCCACGGCGGGAGGGAACUAUUGGCCGCACAUAGAUACAGAGGCCUCCAGGGACAUCGUCCCCAUCGCCCCCCACUGCCUCAUCUCCGUGCGUACAGUCCUCCAGGGAACCCUUUUAGUGACUAAUAUGCGUGUUUUCUUAUUAACACAAGAGCGCCAGCUGAACUUUGGAUUCCCUAUUCAUCACAUAGCAAAGCUGGAAAUGUCUGGCGGUGAAAGCAAUGUUGCCCUGACCACGUUCUCUAUCCGGUUGGUGACCCCCCACUUGAUCAUUCUUUCCGCACAUUCUAGUGCAGUCCAAUGUGUUGUGGAGCUUCUCAAGCGCAUCAAUGUCACACCCACUCUGUCUCGCUACUCAUCGACCAUCACCCAGGCUGUUUCUCGGUUUACAGAAGCCACUCCGCACAUAGCUGCAUCAUAUGAUGGGCUCUACUAUCAGGUGCCUAUCCCGCACACCAUUUACUUCAGCAAGGAUCCUGUGCAAUCGUUUAUCUACUCAGCACCACACGAGAAGCUUAUGCAGGCGUUUCGCAAGAACCCAGCACUAGAAGCUUUCCUUGGCGAGGCAGACAGCAUGAUGUUGGAUAAUGUGACCCACUUUCCCAGCCUGGGCCACUCUAUCUUUGAUCCUAUUCGAGAGUUCCGCAGAAUGGGGGUUCAGAUGACCCACCCUACCCCUGCUCAACUUAGUAAGAUGAUCUUUGGGGCCAGCAUCCAUCCGGAUCUACUAUCGUACUUACUGAAGUUCAAGCCUGUUAGGUCUAUGGACUACUUCAACGACGCUGGAAUCCUAAUGGGGUCUUGCCGCGGGUCAGUGUGCUGCACGAGAUUUAAUUCUGGUGUAUCUGACUUCUACGAGAAGAUGCGUAUGACAGCCUUCUAUGACCCGUUCCUACUUUUCGAUACACCAGAACAGUUUUAUUGCUUGUUGAACUACCAUCCACAAGCAACUCAGAGUAAUUUCGGUGCUGUCACCUACAGGUCCGGUCAGGCAGGAGAUGAUAUCAUGAACGAAGAAGAUGCUGAAGACGAUGGGUCUGGAGCUCCACGUCCCCAGCCAUCGUCGUUUCUAUCAAAGCUUAAGAGCGGUUUUUCACCAGCCUCCAAUACUGGGAGCGCGACUACAUCGGCCGUCCCAACUUACAACUUCACGUUGCAAGAUAGACAGACAGGAACAUAUCUGUAUGCCCAUGGAUGCUUCUUUGAGCCUACGUUCUUCCGUUGUGAACCUCAUAUGCGCCACUACAUCAAGGCUCUCCUUGCUGUUGUAAUACCUCCAUAUAUAGACAGCACACAUGAGCCUCCCAUGCGCCCCCAGGAACUAGCACGAGAUGGUUGGAACAUUUCGUGGACCAAUUGUGUUUACGAGAACUCGCCAACAUAUCCUGCGGUGUUAGCUGUUCCUGACACGGUCAACGACAGCAUUGUCUUGGGGUCCAUGAAGUUCAGGUCUAAAGGCCGCUUCUGUGCUCUUUCAUGGCGGUCUCCCGUGACUGGGGCCGCUCUCUGUCGUUGCUCACAGCCUGGCGGUGGGUUUGGCCUGUCUAGAAGCUCAGAUGACGAGGCUCUUUUGCGCGCCGUUUGCAACGCUCCGCCGUCCACCGACACACGGAACCUCCUUUUUGUUUUUGAUGCUAGGCCCCAUCUGGCUGCAUUUGCCAACAGGCUCACUGGCAAGGGCUUCGAAUCCACGCGCGCAUAUCCAUUCUCUAGAACUAUCUAUUUGAACAUACAGAACAUCCACGUGGUUCGUGACAGCUAUGAGGCCAUGCGCAAGGCUGCACUAGAGUUUAUCCUCACCAGAGAGGCAAACUUCAGGGGCAUUCUAGACACAUCGGAGGAUAAAGUGCAAGGCAAUUAUGAUUAUAACAUUCAGAAUGCGAGAAAUCUACUCGAAAGUGUGGCCUCCACGAAGUCUGUCAUAUUCAAGACAGGAAAGGAGUCUAACUGGUAUAGCCACAUCCAGACCAUCAUGGCGGGUGCAUGCAUGAUCUGUGAGUGCCUCACGAAGCUUCGUUGUCAUGCGAUGAUACACUGCUCCGAUGGCUGGGAUCGAACGUCUCAACUGAGCUCCCUUGCGAUGCUACUUCUGGAUCCUUAUUACAGGACCCUUCGAGGGUUUUGCAUCCUCAUCGAGAAAGAGUGGCGUUCUUUUGGGCACAUGUUUGCCACCCGUUGUAAGCAGGAAGGCAGUACAAAGGCCAGCACUAGGAAGGAGGACAAAAAGGCCAAACCCUUUAAUGUACUCGCAGCAGCAUACAGUCAGAUGCUAGGGCACCACAAUGCUUACCAGCAGGGGCCGGAUGCACCUCUCCAGGGAACUGUGUAUGCACCAAUUGUGAUCAACCCUAGUUACGCUGGUCCUAUCGGCCCGGCCCCAGGACCUGCAAUGAGUCCUACAAUAGGCUCUGCGAUGUUCUCGGGCCCAGUGCCCUUUAGCUCGAGUGCGCCCCUCCCCGGCGCAGCUAUAAGCGGAAGCCAGGGACCACAGGGUGCAAGCUAUACUAAUCAAGGCAUCAAUCUAGGCCAGCCAUCGAUACCAUCUCAGGGACUCUUGAGGACGCAUCUGGCUGAUGCCUUUGAUAGCGUGGACACAUCUCCAAUCCCAGAGGUGCCUCUAUCUAACUUAGACUUUUCUAGCUCUCAAUCGUCUCCCAUCUUUUUACAGUGGUUGGAGUGCGUGUAUCAAGUUAUGCACCAGCGCGCUGACGAGUUUGAAUUCAACGAUAAAGUGUUACUAUACAUAGCACACCACGCAUACUCCGGCUGGCAUGGAACAUUUAUUUUUGACAACGAACGGGAUAGAACCCAGCACCUCCUAUCAACCAUAACGACCUCUGUAUGGGAUGAAUUUAUCACCAAUUCAGCUUAUUAUCUUAACCCGCACUAUAAGAUACCGGCUCCUUUGAAUGUCAUGAAGACACGAACGGGGCUGGAAUAUAUGCACAUUUCAUGUAGUAUGCGAAAGAUGACUCCGUGGAGCGCCUACUGGUCACAAGUAGCGGCAUUCCACGAAUAG